AUGGAAGUAAGUGAAAACAAAGUGAAGUGUCUACAACAAUGGGUCAAAUUCAUCAUCCCGGGAAACGAAAACUUAGAUAUUGGGGAGUGGCGAACCCUAUUGGAACUGAUUGAUUUAGCGAAGGAUUCCGAUUUCUGCCGUAGAGAGGAGAUCGAAAGCAUACCUCAGACGGUGUACAGCAUUUUGUCAGAGUUCUAUUCCAUUGACGUAAACACGGUUAUUCCGGAGAGCAGUGAAGAAAAUCGUCCACCGAUGUACACGCAUUACUGUCUUUUAUUGUUAGUCCUAACUAUGGGACUGCGUUUGAAACCCAAAUUAUUUAUGAACGCAGCCUUCCAGCUUCCUAGCACAAUGCAUUAUUACAUUGUUGAAAUGACUCAACCUCUGAUUGAAGAUUGCCCCAUAUCAGUGUCUUCUUUCGAGACUCUGUCUUUUGGCUCGGAGAAUCAGGCAGUUACACCAAUCCGUCAAAUCAAGUCUCUUAAGGCUCCUCUGACUUGCCCUGCCUUCUCAAGAGUCCCAUCGUUACCGUUUGGACACAAGGAGAAAACAAUGGUCAAUUCCAAAGUAUCAUUUGAUGAUUUUUAUACCGAGAAUGAAGGCCCUUACAAAUUAACUGGUCAUUCAAUUUAUUUGUCUCCAGGAAAGUGUUUUCAUUCUAGUUGUGACGUGCAUAAAGUGAAAAGUUAUGUGACAAAGGCUGACUUUGAAUCAGUAAUCGAAUCACCACUGUAUUGUCUGAAGUCAAUUUUAGAAUCACCACAGGUCGUCCCUAAGAGUCAAUUUCUGUCUAAAUUGGAUGAAAUACGAUGUUUAUCUUCAAAACUCUCGGAGAUCCAGCAUUUGUAUGAAGAAAAUAUGUGCGAAUUGAAUCGUCUAAAUUCAGAGCUAAAGACUUCGGAAAUGAAGAGAAAAGAGGUUGAGAUGCGUCUGAAGCGACGUGAAUCAGAGUUACUGGAAUUACGUGACGAGUUGACGUGUGAGAUUGAAAUGCGUUCACAUCAUGAAAAGCGAUCGAAUCUUGUUGAUGAUUUACAGGAUAGUUUGAAGGAUGCUAGAGAGAAAUUGAAAUCUAUGGAUCAUGUGAGUAAAGAAAAUGAGAAACUUUUGGAGGAAAACAGUCGUCUGAAAGCCAAGCAAAAAGAAUUUGAAAGUUUUCGUCUACAAGCAUCUUAUCAACAGGAACUUGAACGUCAACUUUCGCAAAUGAGGGUCGCUGCCCAACUUGCUGAUAAUGAGUUACACGAAUUGUUGUGUCAGCGUGAAGAACUUCUGGCGAGAUGUGAAGCGGAGAAGUUGGCGAAGGAGAAUUCUUUGAUUCGCAACCAAGGGUGUGUUUCCGGAGCGCCUUCUGGUGAAUCAUGUAGGUUGGAAUUGAGCUGUUUUGGGAUGAGUCCACCUUCUUCUCCAGACUCAUCUCAGCCAGGAGUGGAUACGAGAACUGAGGUUCCUGUGUCAAAUGAUUUGGGUUUUGGAGAGAGUUUAGCAUCCGUUGUGAUGGUGGAUAGUCAACUGAAAGGAUUGGAGUCAGAUGUCUUGAAAGCUGAAAGCGAAUAUCAAAGUAUGAAGAAGAAGUUUAUCCUGCAAAGGUUCAUCUCGUUAGUUCUUCGGGCUGUUGUAAGACAUCGAGGCAGUGUUAUCGACAACUCAAAACAUUUAAUUGAGCUUUUGAGCAAAGAAAUGAGUCGAAGAUAUUCACAGAUAAAUGGAAGAAUUGAGAAAUUAAUUGAACAGGUUUCAAAUGCCGAGGUGAGAUUGAAUGAUACGAAAGAGGCAGUCACAGAGAUGCGGAAGAGGCAGUGUGAAACGAUUAGUGAAUUAUGUGGUGAGAACAGACGGUUAACCGGUGAACUGGGUAGAAUCCAAGAGGCGAAUGAGGUGGUCCUACACAAAUGGGAGAAUGAAGUGGAUUGUCUUAUGGCGGAGAAUCAGAAACUUAGUGCUGAGGUGACGUCUCUGCGUUGUCAUCUUGGCGAUAAUAAAGCGAAGAUGGAUGAAGAUUUGAAGAGAAUCGAUGAGGCUGCCAGUGAAGUAGAAAGGUUGAAUUUCAGACUUACUGAUCUUGAAAGGAUGUUUAAUGAAUCGAAAGCUGUAAAUCAUAAUCUACGCGUGCAACUGAAUGAGCAACUUAAUGCGAAUAAAGCAUUUAGAUCAGCUGCUGAAGAAGAGAUAGAACGAUUGAAAAACACUCUGGCCACUUCUGCUUCAGAAUAUGAAUCUGUUGUUAGUCUUAUGACGGAUGAACAUCGUCGAGAGAAAGACAAACUCUUAUCAGACAUUAAACUUGCGGAAGAUUCAAAGGAGAUGGGUUUGCGAGAGGCAGGUCGACUAAAAGCUCUUUUGGAAGAUACAAAGAAUGAGCUGAGUGAUGAAAAGGAGAAGGCGAUUCAAGCGUCAACUUUGUCACGUGUUUUUAAAAAUGAGGUGGCUGAGUUACGAUGUGAUCUCUCUAAAACGCGAGAAAAUUUGUUAGAGGCUGAAGAGAGUUUGAGAAGUAGCAAUGAGUUGAUCGAUCGUUUACAGGCGACGAAUAAAGAUUUGACAGUUCAACUGUCAGCUGCUGAGAAUUCCUGUUCAACGAAGGAGAAAGAAAUAUGCAGACUGGUAACUGAAAUCGUUGAACUGGAAUCUAAGAAUAAGCGAAGUAGUGAAAAGAUCGGUGAACUCGAAUGUUUUGUUGAGUCAGCGACAGGUGUGCAGAAGGAUCUAGAACAUCAGUGUGGAGUGUUUCGGAAGCAGGUGAGCGAAAUGGAGGCUGGUUGGUUGUCUACUCGUCAACAGCUGACUGAGACGAGAGAACAAUUGGUCAAAACGGAGGAAUUGCUGCAUGUGCAUAGAUUGCGUCUGUUACGUGCAGAGUUUGAGAAAAAUGAAUUGUGUACACGUUUAGAAUUGAUUGGGAAGAAAACUGAAGUUGGUCAUCGAAGCAUUCGAUCAAACUCGGAUGUUGGCAGCGAUUUAUCAAGAGUAUGCCGUCGUGGUGUCGAAGCGACAACAAAUCAGGAUUCGAAAUCGGUAUGUGAAAGUUUGCUGAACCUUGUUGACAAGGAUGAUGGUGUAUUAAGGGAAGGUGAGGAAAGAGGUGUAGCGGGUGACAAAAUGUCUACAACUAAUAAAGCUAUUAAGAAAACAACUCGUGAUGUUUCUGUGCAAAUGUGUGGUCCGCAUUCACAUGAAAUGUGUUCAUCAGAUGGAUGGCCUUCCUUCGUGAAACCAAUGGCUCCAGUUAGUCGAGAAACAUUGAGGAACACUGCGAGCUAUGUAAUGUCACGUUCUGUGACUUAUCAUUGUCGUUCAGUUCCUCCUCCUGAUGGAGAAGAAGCGAAACAGGUGAAAAUAAUCGUACAUGAAAGAGCCGGAGAUCAUCAGUGUCGGGUGGAUCCGAACGCAGGAAGUACAGAUAAUAUGGUUCCAGAAGGUACGGAAUUAUUCGACCUAUACUCUGCACGCAAGUCAGUCGGAGAGGUGAUAAGACGACAACCAGACUCAGAAACUAUCUCUUCACAAACCGCUUCUUCACUCGAAUUGCCGUGUAUACCGGAAACCCCGGAAUAUCUGUUGAAUUCAGUCACUCUCCCCCGCGCUCGCAGCGCUCAUGAGUUAGCCACAGUUCCUCUGAAAAUGAGAUCUGGGAAGAAUUCGUCUCUUGCUCAUUCCGCGACUACUUCCUUCGUGUCACGAAACCCUGUUCCAUUGAUUGACAAGAGAACUGACCACAAGCAUAAAACCUCAGCGACUAAACGAUUACAUAUGCGUUUGAAACAUGCUGUGUCUCAUGAUUCAGAAAUGAAAGUUGCUCGCUUCGUGGAAGCCUAUCCAGCAGUCAAGGAUACUUCGAGAGACACAGUUUCGAGCGACAAGAAAUCUGAGAAGUCUGUUUGGCGCAAAGUAUGGACAAGGAAGAAAAAGUGA